GCACAGCUGUCUGGGUCCCCCUCUGCUGUUAUUUCCCCCCUCCUCCUAGUCACACACACACACAAACUUUUAGAACUCUCCUGGACUCAAUGGUAGACAGUCGAAUAAUUCUCGUGCUGCUGUGCUGUUCUCUUUUUAUUUCCAAGUGCACAGAAAUUCUUUACCAACAAUUUCGUUUGUGUGUGUGACCACUCCCGACCACUGACGGAUUGGACAAAUGGGUCAUUGUUGAAGAAUUGUGUGUGAGUGUGUGUGUGUGUGUAAGUGCGUGGUGUGUGUGUGUGGAACACACGAGGAAAUGGAGAGAAUGGACGACGUUUUGUCGUCAUAAAAACCAACGUUUUUCCGAUUCUGACUAUCAGUUUUGAUUUAUUUGUUAAAGAAGAAUAAGAAUAAGAAGAUGGCUUCGUCAAAAGUAGCUCGACGGAGACAGGGGAGUCUCGGCCUACCCAAAGAUUCGCCGCCACCACCGACCGUCAACGGCGCCGCCUCACCAAGUCAAAGUCUCGACAAUCUCGAAAUGAUCAAGACGAUCGGAACCGGAACGUUCGGACGAGUUGUGCUGUGCCGUGAAAAGAGCACGCGGGAGUAUUGGGCGCUCAAGAUCCUGGCCAUCGCCGACGUCAUCCGACUCAAACAAGUCCAGCACGUCCAGAACGAGAAAAACAUUCUGCUCAGCGUGAAUCAUCCCUUUAUCGUCAACAUGGUGUGGACUCAUCACGACCAAUCGUUUCUCUACAUGCUGUUCGACUACGUCUGCGGCGGCGAACUGUUUUCUUAUUUGCGCAACGCCGGACGUUUCAGCAGUUCCACAGGUAAUUUCUACACGUGCGAAAUCGUUUGCGCCCUCGACUACCUUCACACGCAGAACGUCGUUUACCGGGACCUGAAACCGGAGAAUCUCCUCCUCGACCGCGACGGACAUUUGAAAAUCACCGAUUUUGGUUUCGCAAAGAAACUCACCGACAGGACGUGGACGUUGUGCGGGACUCCCGAAUAUUUGGCGCCGGAGAUCAUUCAAUCUAAAGGCCACAACAAAGCAGUCGACUGGUGGGCGCUAGGAAUUCUCAUCUACGAAAUGUUGGCCGGUUACCCGCCGUUCUUUGACGACAACCCAUUUGGAAUCUACGAAAAGAUCCUGGCCGGUAAAAUCGAUUGGCCCAGGCACAUGGAUCCUAUCGCCAAGGAUCUGGUGAAGAAACUUUUAGUCCAGGAUCGAACUAAACGCCUCGGCAACAUGAAGAAUGGGGCGGAUGAUGUCAAACGCCACCGGUGGUUCAAGGGACUCGACUGGGAUGAAGUUUUCUACCGGAAACUCAAGCCACCCAUCGUGCCCAAAGUCAGCUACGAUGGUGACACCUGCAAUUUUGACGAAUACCCCGAAGCGGAUUGGCAGCGGACACCUUGCGUCACUGAAAAAGAUUACAAACUCUUCGAGAGCUUCUAAUAAUAAACAACAACAACAGAAAAAGAACGGACCCCACACACACUGACACACACACAAAGAAAAAUUUCAAUUGGGAGACUUUUCGGCUGUACAUAUAACGAAAGAAGACUGGACAACAACAACACAAAAAAACAAAAUGGCAAGGCUUUCCUUUAUUAUUAUUAUUAUUAUUUUGUUUUCUAUUUUGGGCUUCGUUCAUUCACUUUUCUUCGAGAUAAUUUAGACGAUUCGAUAUUUUGAAGAAAAAAAAAUUAAAGAAAGACUUUUUUUUUUUGACUGCCUGUUUUUACGACCCCACUACACAAUGUCUAAUAAUAAUACCGUUGUAAAAAUAGUAUCCCCCUCAUUUCUUAUUGGCGUGUGGGUGUCAUAUGCCUCCCGUGUGUGUGUGUGUGUGUGUGUGUGUAUAGAAAAAGAGAUGAUUUAAGAGUCAAACCGAUCAUUUGUUUUGUCACGGGAAAAA